AUGAGGAGCAGGAGCUUCCAAGAGAUGGAAGAAAAUCAUUGGGUUGAAGCAUUAUUUCCUCCACAUUUCAAUAUGCAAGAUUUUAUUGGGGUGGGUGUUAUUUCGGAGCCAGUACUACUUUCUGAAAACUUUGCUGUCAGGAGAGUCAAAAGAAUUAAAAAUAUUUACCAGCAGAACAUUGAGAAUUUCCAACAAGAACAGAAACUUAAAAGAAAUGCCUACUUUUCGGGACAGACUGUAUCAGCAGCAAACACUCAAACUCCCGUUGAAGACCUGAAAUUACAGAUGUAUGGAAACCGUUGUGCUGGGAUGGUUAAAUCAGAAAAAUCAGACAGAAGUACUGAGAAUAGAAUUGAUGGAAUGGAAGAGCAGUGUGUGUGGAACACUGAGGAACUAACUGCAUUACAUGAAAUGAAGUGUAGAAAAGACAUCAAGCAUCAACAUUUACAAGCACAGCUGGCACUUGCGCAUUUUCAGGCAGAAGAUCUGAAGGCAAGCAACAAGAAACUAAAGGUGUGCCUGGAAAUCAAAGAGGCUGAACUUCAUAAGACUAAACUAGAUUUACAGAACAAUGCCUUGUACCUAGGACACACCACGCAAGAAAGCAUCAAAAAAGAUUUGCAAGUUCAGGGUCUUAAAGAAGAAUUACAAGAAAAGAUGGUGACCAUGCAUAACCUGAGCUCUCAGUUGCAACGGAACAGGCUGGAAACACAGGAUCUGCGCCUGGAAAAGCAGAAACUCAUCUCCAGAUGGAAACAGCAAGAACAGGAACAUCAGUUGGAAAAGAUCCAUCUGCAGGAAAGGUGGAGAGAAAAAUCGAGCUUACAGCUGAAGAAACGACAAACUGAAUUGGAAACAGUAAAAACUGAACUAAAAAAUGAGAAAUGUCAACAUGCUAAAAAUAAGCAAGCUCUGGAAUUGUUACGCAAGCAUUGCUCUAGUUUACCGUCGUUGGAACUAGUUGAAGAUUUUAAAGUUGACUUUUUGAAUAAGUGACAUGAAUCUGUUAUUUCGUUCCAGCCUAGAGUCAACCGGGUGAUAAUUGGAGCUUUGUUGUUUUUGAUUUUACAUAUCACUUAAAUUUAACACUUGCAGUUACCAAAUAUGAACCAAAAUCUAACUUUUUGAAGAGAUCUUCAAUCAGUUCCUGCAUGAAAUAAUUAUUGUCAUUUAGUUAUUGAAUGUUUCAGGACAAAACAAGGGCAGUUGGUCUCUCAAGUCUGCACCAAAAUAGAAAACUGAUGUUGUAUGAAACAUCUCCGCGGUGGCUCAGUAAUUAGCACUGCAGCCUCACAGUGCCAGGGACCUGGGUUCAAUUCCAGCCUUGGGCAACUGUCUGUGUGGAGUUUGCACAUUCUCCCCAUGUCUGUGUGGGUUUCCUCCGGGUGCUCCGGUUUUCUCCCACGGUCCAAAGAUGUGCGGGCUAGGUGGAUCGGCCAUGCUGAAUUGCCUGUAGUGUUCAGGGGUGUGUGGGCUAUAGGAGGAUGGGUCUGGUUGGGAUGCUCCAAGGGACAGUGUGGACUUGUUGGGCCGAAGGGCCUGUUUCCACACUGUAGGGAAUCUAAUCUAACUAGGAAUUUACGAAUUAAUUUUGUGGAGCAGAAAAUGAAAUUAUUCCAUGUUGUACCUGAAUUCUCUUAUUGUUUAGUUACAUGUUAAAUAUCCAGUUAUUUCAA